AUGAAUGAGCGGAGGGGUAAGCACCAACAAAGUCGUGGUAAACCUUACAGUGCUCCAGCUGAUAAGGGUAAGCAUAGGGUGAAUGAUAAGAGGAGGCCCAGAAAGAGAGAUACUCCUACUGAAGUUGUGUGUUUCCGAUGUGGAGAGAAAGGUCAUAAGAGUAACGCUUGUGGUGGCGAUGUAAAGCGGUAUUUCCGUUGUGGCAGAAAAGGACAUACAAUUGCAGAUUGCAAGCAUGAUGAUAUAGUUUGCUUUAAAUGUGGUGAAGAAGGACAUAUUAGCCCUCAGUGUAAGAAACCUAAUAAAGCUCAGUCUAGUUGCAAGGUGUUUGCUUUAGCUGAUACUGGUGCUACAUAUUGUUUUAUUGCUGCUGAUUGUGUUUCGAAAUUGGGUCUUGUUAUGUCAUCUAUUAAUGGGGAAAUGGUUGUCGAAACCCCGGCUAAGGCUUCGGUGACUAGUUCUCUAGUAUGCUUGAAGUGUCCUUUGUUGAUGUUUGGUAGAGAUUUUGCAGUGGACUUAGUCUGUUUGCCGUUGACUGGGAUGGAUGUAAUACUAGAGAGGGAAGUAGAAUUUUCUAUUGAACUUAUUCCGGGUACGAAACCUGUUUCUAUGGCACCUUACCGUAUGUCAGCUUCCGAAUUAGCUGGGUUGAAAAAGCAGUUAGAAGAUUUGCUUGAUAAAAAGUUUGUAAGACCGAGUGUAUCGCCUUGGGGAGUGUCGGUGUUAUUGGUUAAGAAGAAAGAUGGUAGCAUGAGGUUAUGUAUAGAUUACCGGAAGUUGAAUAAAGUGACAAUAAAGAAUAGAUAUCCACCUCCGAGGAUCGACGAUUUGAUGGAUCAGUUGAUGGGUGCGCGUGUGUUCAGUAAAAUUGACUUAAGAUGGGGCUAUCACCAUAUCAAAGUGAAAGAUGAGGAUAUUCAGAAGACGGCCUUUAGGACACAUUACGGACAUAACGAAUAUUCUGUGAUGCCUUUCGGUGUUAUUAAUGCGCCAGGAGUAUUUAUGGAAUAUAUGAAUUGUAUUUUUCAUACUUAUCUAGAUCGUUUUGUUGUUGUGUUUAUAGAUGAUAUUCUGAAAUACUCUAAGUCUGAGGAGGAACAUGCCGAGCAUUUGAGAAUUGUUUUGCAAGUGCUGAAGAAGAAUUUAUAUGCCAAGUUAUCGAAGUGCGAAUUCUGGUUGAACGAAGUGAGUUUUCUUGGUCAUAUUAUUUCUGGUAGUGGUAUUGUUGUAGACCCAUCUAAGGUUGAUGCAGUAUCGCAAUGGAGACUCCGAAGUCGGUUACCGAGGUUAGGAGCUUUUUGGGUUUGGCAGGUUAUUAUCGAAGAUUUAUUGAAGGAUUUUCCAAGUUAG